CGCAAUAAUCUUCCAUUAACAUACCUUCCUAGCUCCCAAAAUUAAAGUUCCACAAAGCAACACAAACUUUCUUUUUUUUUUUUUUCAAGAAAUUAAGCUUUUAAAUUAAUUUCCACAUGCUGAGUUCUAUAGUUUGCGGCUUCAAUUUGAAUCACGAAGAAGAAGAUGGAGCAUGUCAAAGUAGUUCUACUUCUACCCCAAAGAAGCACUCAAAAAGAAGGGAUAAUAACAGGGACAAGAAUCCAUACUCAACACGUGGAUUAGACAAGUUUUCUGAACUUCUUGCUGAACUCGAUGAGAGAAGGAAGAAGGUUUAUUCCAAGAUGAACCCUCACGACAUAUCCUUCGUUCGAUUUGCGUAUUCCGACAAUGAUGAUUUCGUCCCCAUCGUCGUCAAGGUGAAGAACAAAGACCAAAAUCAGAAGAAGAACAGCAAGAGAGAUGAUCAAGAAGAUGAAAAGCUCAAGGUAAGAGUAAGACACAUGACAUCUUUCUCGGAGCCAAUGCAAAAAACUUCGGAAAAAGAAUCAAAGCAGCAGCAACAACAACAACAACCCAAGUUGUUGGAAUCUGAUAACAGGAGCUUGUUGUUCUCUUUGGACAGGAUGAAGUAUCCAUCUUUCUAUGUUCCGGCUGUUAUGAUAUUGAUUUUGGUGUUCUUGACGGUGUUUGGUAGAUCGGUGGCGACACUUUGCACGUGUGUUUUGUGGUAUGUAAUUCCAGUGUUGAGUGAUAUCUCUUUUUCUUCUUCUUCUUCAUCAAGUUCAAAGCCAAUAAGAAAAAUUAUGAGAAAUACAAAUAAGAAAGAAUAUGUGAGAGGGUUGAGUGAAAAGAAGAUGGUGGUGAUGAAUAAGAGUUUAAAUUCUCCAUCAAAGGACAAUGGUUCACCGAAACAUGGCCACCAAAACAGCUGGUGAUGAUGAAGAAAUGGAGGUCUUGUUACAAGGUUUUUUGGGUUCUCAUUCAAAGUUUAUUAAUUAAUUUUCUCCAUUAUUUCUAGGAAGGAAAUUGGACUUUGCUUUUGCUUUUAUUGUGUAAAUAUGUUCUAAUUAUGUUUUUCGUUGUUGAGACUGGUUAAUUAAGAAUUUAUGCCUUCUCUUGAUGACAUUGUCUUAGUGUAAAUUGUUGUACAUUUAGAGCUAAUGAUGUGUGCAGUAAUUAAUCCACGCCAUGUUUGGCUUGUACAUGGAUUCGAGUGGUUUAUAGUUGUGUAAGUCUAACAGAGUAAUGUUAUAUGUCGAACAAAUAUUAUUAUUUUUAUUUA